AUGCGUCUUCUUAUCGAGCAGCCAAGAACAAUGAGCAGUGGCUCUAGCAACUUUCUGCUAGUUCCUAUACCGGAGUAUCCUGUAUUAGACUGUGUGCCAAACAAAAACGUCAAGAUAGUUGUUCUGGGAGCAAGCAAUGUCGGAAAAACAGCUCUGAUUGUAAGAUUUCUUACUAAGAGAUUCAUAGGAGACUAUGAAGCCAACACAGGGGCCUUAUAUUCAAGGAAGAUUAAUUUGGACGGGGAGCAAGUUUCUUUGCAAGUACAGGACACUCCGUGUGUCUCCCUGCAGGAUGAUGCAGACGGCCUUUACUGUCAAGAGCAGAUCAACCGUUCCAUUUACUGGGCGGACGGUUAUGUGCUCGUCUUCUCCAUCACUGACCUCAACAGCUACCGCACCAUCCAGCCUCUCUACCAACAUGUGCGCCGAAUCCACCCCAGCGGUAACAUCCCUGUCAUCAUCGUGGGAAACAAGAGCGACCUUCUGCGAGCCCGACAGGUCUCAGAUCCCGAAGGGAAGGCGCUGGCGGAUGAAUUGGGAGGGCUAUACUUUGAGGCUUCGGCCAGGGAGAACCACGAGAGCGUCCAGGCAGCUUUUCUGCACUUAUGUCAGGAGGUGAGCCGAGCGCUGGGAGGAGGAAACGGGGAAAAGAGAAAAGGUGGACUACACCUUGCCAGGCCAAAGAGCCCAAACAUGCAGGAGUUGAAGAGAAGAUUCCGGCAAGUGCUGUCAUCCAAGGUCAAGUCGGCUACGGCGCUAUGA